AGUUCGUUGCCUGUGUACAGCUUUGAUAAUGUCAAAUGAAAGACUGCUUUAAGAACGCUUGUGCACACUUCUGAAUUCAUUUUUCAAUACAUUUACGUUUAAAUUGGCUAUUCUUUGAAAUAUUUUGAAUUUAUGCUAGAACAUCUUUGGCUUGUACUUUUUCUUGUGGCGCGUAUUUCCCAUGAGCUCCUACGACUGUGCGUCCGUUUGAUUCGAUCGCCAUUUUGGGAUUACGUUUGUAUUGAAUGCGACAGUUGCAAAAUUUUGUAGGGCACCAAAAUGUCUCGAUAUCGAGAUUCGGGGUCAUCUGAUGCUAAGUUAUAUGUUGGAGACUUAGGAUCGUCGGCGUCCAAACAGGAACUUGAAGAAGCGUUUUCGUAUUAUGGCCCUUUGCGCAAUGUGUGGGUCGCUCGUAAUCCACCCGGCUUUGCGUUUGUGGAAUUUGAGGACGUGAGAGACGCAGAAGAUGCAAUUCGGGGGUUGGAUGGAAGAACAAUAUGUGGCAGAAGAGUUCGUGUAGAGAUGUCAAAUGGCAUAGGUGGCAAAGGUGGCCGUUUCAGAGGUUCAGUACCACGACGAGGUCGGCCAUUUCACCCCGAAGACAGGUGCUACGAAUGUGGGGAGCGAGGCCACUAUGCCCGUGAUUGCUACAGAUACCGUUCUCGUAGCAGUGGACGCCGCAGGUCAUACUCACGUAGUCGUUCACGUUCAAGAUCAAGAUCACGUAGCCGCAGUAGGUCACGAAGCCGUCGUUCAAGAACAAGAUCAAGAUCUCGCAGCCGCUCGAAGACACCUAGGUCACGUUCUCGCACUCGCAGCCCAGCUCGCUCUAGGACACCGCGCUCAAGAAGCCGCAGUGGAAGCAGGGCACGAGAUUCUCCUGAUCGCAAUGGGGAUGUUAACACAAAUGAACGGGAUUGAUUGCUUUGCUUAAACACUCAUUUUGGACCUUCUGGUGAUUUCUGGGAGGCAUCUAGACAGCUUGGAACUUCCAGAUUAUAUUUUUAAGUCACUCUUGUAAUGCUUUUAAAAUGUUCCAGCACUUGUUUGACUAAAGAAUGAAUUAGGCUAAGCUUUAUUACUUAAUGUUUCUCCAUAUGUUGUAUUGAGUACUACUUUUGCAGUGCUCACUGCCAGUGUUAGAUUUGGACAUGCAUUUUGUAAACAGUGUACCUUUUAUAGGUUCCUGUGAAAAAAUGCAACAGGUUUGUAUUUAAAAACACAUUCAUACUUUUCUUAUAAACUAUUGAGUGGUAUCAGCUCGUAUACUCACAUGAAGUAUAGUUUCCUAUAGUGUGAUUUGACAGAUUUUUAUUUUUGAUCUCACUGGAAUGAUAUAGUUAACCACUUCAGUACUGGGCAACAAUAUUUUUCAGUUCAGUUCUGUUAUGUCAUUUUGGGCACCAGCCUAUAAUAAGAUUGUAAACUCCUUUGCAGUAGUACUAAGAACUUCACGUGUUUGCCAUAUCAAGAGCGGUUGUCUUGUGGUGACAGUUGAGUGAUAAGCCAUUCUCUCUCUCUCUCUCUCUCUCUCUCUCUCUCUCUCUCUCUCUCUCUCUCUCUCUCUCUCUCCUCUCUCCUGUCUCCUGUUCCUCUCCAUCUCCUGUUCACCCCACCCUCCUGUUCUUAGAGAGAGAGAGAGAGAGAGAGAGAGAGAGAGAGAGAGAGAGAGAGAGAGAGAAGGGGGGGGGGGGGCUUGUUUAAAUGUACUUGUUUGAUUUUGCAGAUAGUUAAUAAAAAUUUAGGAAUGUACCUGCCUGUGAAAAUAACAGGUACACAUGACAGGUCAAUUUUCAGCAUUUACCUUAGAUUCUGUAGUUUGUACUCAUACACGUCAUAAUAACUGAAUUUAUUCAAAUGCUUGUCUUCUCCAUGAUUGGUCAUACCUGUAUUGCGACAGCUGUCUUCAACUUAACAAGUGUGUAGUAAAUCAGGUGGGUCCAGUAGGACAGUGAUAGCUGCGAAUAAGGGGAAGGCUUGUGUGCCACAAAUCCUUUAAAUUCACUUCUUCAUGUGAAGUUCUUCUAAUGAAGUGUACUUAAAUGUUAUGUUAAUAAAGUAUCUUUUCGGACAUUGA